CAAGAUGGCGUCCAAAUUCGAAGAAGCCAUUCCGAUGGCGUCCACGGGACCCCAGCCACACGUGGUCGUCAUGGCAACCGAUGACGCGGAGACGACGCCCAACUGUUGUUGCUGUGACGACGGGUGUGAGGAGGAGAACGAGGAGCGCGGGAACUGGUCCUGUAACUUCGAGUCCAUCCUGGCGUGCAUCAGCUAUGGCAUAGGGCCGGGGUACCUGUGGAUGGUGCCGGACGGGUACAGCAGACAAGGAGGGGGUACUUUCGUGUACGCUUACAUGGCGAUGCAGAUUCUCAUCGGUUUCCCCAUGGUUUACCUGGAGAUGGCACUGGGACAGUACACGUCUCAGGGACCUAUCCGUGCAUGGAGAGGGGUGCCCAUACUACAGGGGAUCGGAAUAGGAAUGGUUGCAAUGACGGCCAUCCUGAGCAUCUACUAUAACGGUGUGAUGGCGCAGAUCCUGUACUACCUGUUCUACGUUACCGGAGAUCUACACACGGCUACGUCAUGUGACAACCCAUGGAACACUGAGAACUGCUAUACCAGCAUGUGCGGUAAAGUGGUGGAGUACUACGGCGACGACAAGAUGUACAACUACACCUAUACAACUUGUGGCCACAUGUCUGCUGCGUCGGAGUACUUAGAUCAUUACGUUCUCCAGAGGCCUGACGUCCGUGGUUACAUGGGAGCUGUCCGGGGUGACCUGGCGGGGUGCCUGUUCCUGGCCUCCCUGUUGUUGAUGGCUGCCCUCAGCUUUGGAAUCAAAUCUCUAGGGAAAGUUGCGUAUGUCACAACUAUCCUCCCGCUGUUUCUUCUGUUCCUUCUGUUUCUCCGUGCCGUGACUCUGCCGGGAGCCUCUGAUGGGAUAGCGUACGCCAUGACGCCUGGUCCGGUCUGGGAUGCUAGCUUUGGUUCGGGUCUGAUCAGCGCAGUUGUUCUCCGAUUGACCCUUGGUUUCGGCGGCUACACAACAUUGGCCUCUUACAACCGCUUCCACAACAAUGUUCUCCGGGAUGCUAUUGUGGUGGUGUUUGUAGAACUGUUGGUGAUGAUCUUCUGUGUGCUGACCAUGGCCGGCUUAUACGGUUACCUCGCCAACAUCGGCGGGGUGGACAUUAGAGACAUGAUCUGGUCAGGGACAACCAUGCUCUUUGUCACCAUGGUGUCGGGGUUCUCUCAGCUUCCAUCCGGGUCUUCGUGGGCAGCUCUGUUCUUCCUAUGUGUGUUUCUGUUGGCCUUCGGAUGCCAGAUCACCUACUUGGAGACGGUCAUCACUUCCCUGAUGGACCUGAUCCCGAGACGACUGAUCAAAAGGAUGCCAGGAAAGGAGUCCGGGCUGCUGAGUAAGAGGGCGCUGCUGCACGGUGUGAUGACUGUGGCUGUCUGUUUCCUGUUCUUCCUCUUGGGGCUGCCGUACGUGACGCAGGGUGGUGAAUACCUGAGCAACCUCGUAUCCCACUACAAUUUCAUCAUCCAACCGUACAUGUUCGUCCUACUGGAGUGUGUGGCCCUCACCUAUCUCUACUCCCCGACCUGUAGUCGCUGUUGUCCAGCUAUAAGACGCUGGAUGUCUGAAGUGAGCCACAUGUUACAGACCGUGUGCUGUUUCCGCUGUGCUAACGUCGUCAACUGGUUUGCAGCGGUGACCUGGGUGGCCCUCAUCCCUUUGGCCAUGCUGUUUUAUCUGCUGUUAAUUGACCAUUGGCCGAGUCAAUCAAUAUUUCGAUACUGUGAAGGGCAAACCAAGAGACAUCGUCCAACCACCAACCGACUGGGGCCCCUACCUGAACAAGCACAGGAAGGGCGUGGCCUGAGGGCUGCCAUGGCAACAGGAGCAGUGUGGGGUACAACAACAUCCCGUAACCAAGCAGGCCACACCUAG